AUGAGAAACAAGAAGUUUUUCUGCUUGGUCUUGUUCUUGCUCUCCUUCAUGGUUGAACUAAGCAUAGGACAGAACGACAGGAAGACCGAGGUCAAUGUUGGUGUUGUAACAGAUGUUGGGAAAAUGCUUACGGACAGGGCAAUGCUCUGCAUCAACAUGUCUCUCGUUGAUUUCUAUUCUUCUCGUCCUCAAUUUCAGACAAGGCUUGUCGUCAACGUCGGUGACUCCAGAAACACCGUCAUUGGUGCCACAGCUGCAGCUCUUGAGCUGAUAAAGAACAAGCAAGUGAAAGCGAUUGUGGGGCCAUGGACAUCUAUGCAAGCGCAUUUCAUGAUCGAAAUUAGCAAAGAAUCACAGGUUCCGCUUGUUUCCUACUCUGCGACAAGCCCAUUUCUUACUUCUCUCCGUAGUCCAUACUUCUUUCGAGCAACAUAUGAGGACUCUUCUCAAGUAAACGCCAUAAAAGCUAUCAUCAAGUUGUUUGGGUGGAGAGAAGUUGUGCCUCUUUACAUCGACAACACCUUUGGAGAAGGUGUAAUGCCUCGUCUCACCGAUGCACUACAAGAGAUCAACGUCCGGAUACCUUAUAGAUCUGCUAUCGCUCUAAAUGCAACUGAUGCUGAUAUCUCUGUGGAGCUUCUUAAGAUGAUGACCAUGCCCACAAGAGUGUUUAUUGUCCACACGAAUUAUACUCUUGCCUCAAGAGUCUUCACUAAAGCUAAGGAGAUUGGUUUGAUGAAACCAGGAUAUGUCUGGAUCCUUACCAAUGCAGUUACCCAUAGCUUAAGUUCGAUAGAUAGGAAGGGAAUCGAGGCGAUGGAGGGGGUAUUGGGUGUUAAGACUUAUAUUCGCAAUUCCGAAGAUCUCGACAAGUUUAGAGCUCGAUGGAGUAAGCUAUUCCCACAACCGGAGCUGAGUGUCUAUGGACUAUGGGCGUAUGAUGCUAUCACCGCGCUGGCGAUAGCCAUUGAAGAAGCUGGAACAAGUAACAUGACUUUCAGUAAUGCGGAUGCUGGGAGAAAUGUAUCUGAACUUGAAGCUCUUGGUGUAUCUCAAUACGGUCCAAAGCUUCUCCAGACACUCUCAAGUGUUCAAUUCGAAGGACUUGCAGGAGAUUUCCGUUUUGUCAACGGACAACUGCAACCAUCGGUGUUUGAGAUUGUUAACGUGGUCGGAACCGGAGAAAAGUCAAUAGGAUUCUGGACAGAGGAGAAUGGUCUUGUCAAGACACUGGACCAGCAACCGCAGAGCGAGAGCGCUUUAUCUACUUGGAAAGAUCAUCUUAAACACAUUAUAUGGCCUGGAGAGGGUGAUUCUAUUCCAAAAGGAUGGGAGAUCCCAACUAAUGGGAAGAAGUUGCGCAUCGGAGUUCCAAAGAAAACCGGUUUCACCGAUCUCUUGGAUGUCACAAGGGAUCCUAUCACCAAUUCAACAAUAGUCACAGGUUUCUGCAUAGACUUCUUCAAGGCUGUGAUUGAGAAAAUGCCUUAUGACAUCUCCUAUGAGUUCGUCCCUUUCGAGACACCCGAUGGUAAACCUGCAGGUGAUCACAACGAUUUGGUCCACCAAGUAUACCUCGGGAGAUAUGACGCGGUUGUGGGAGAUACAACCAUACUGGCGAACAGGUCCUCUUACGUCGAUUUCACAUUACCAUUCAUGAGAUCAGGCGUGGGACUGAUCGUCCCAGUAAAAGACGCAGUGAAAAGAGAUAAAUACAGUUUCUUGAAACCGUUGUCAUGGAAACUAUGGUUGGUUUCCUUUAUUUCCUUCUUCAUUAUUGGCCUUACUGUUUGGGCUGUUGAACAUAGGGUUAAUCCAGACUUCCAAGGACCGCGUCAAUACCAAGCGAGUACCAUCUUCUGGUUUGCCUUCUCUACCAUGGUUUUUGCUCCAAGAGAAAGAGUGUUCAGCUUUGGAGCAAGGAUCCUGGUUAUCACAUGGUACUUCAUCGUUCUCGUGCUGACUCAGAGUUACACAGCCAGUUUGGCGUCGCUUUUAACAUCACAAGAACUUCAUCCAACCGUAACCAACAUGAGAAGCUUGCUUGAGAAGGGGGAAGCAGUGGGUUACCAGAGAACGUCCUUCAUCCUCGGAAAGCUUGUAGAAGCCGGUUUCACUGAAUCCCGUCUUGUACCCUUUGACACCGCAGAAGAAUGCGAUGGGCUACUGAGAAAAGGACCAGAAAAAGGAGGUGUCUCUGCAGCUUUCUUGAGUAUACCUUACAUGAGACUCUUUUUUGGACAAUAUUGCAACACUUACAAAAUGGUUGAAGAGUCCUUCACUGUCGAUGGAUAUGGCUUUGUGUUUCCGAUCGGGUCACCUUUGGUUGGUGAUGUUUCAAGGGCUAUCUUAAAAGUAGCAGAGUCACCAAAGGCGAUGGAGCUUGAUCGCGCAUGGUUCAAGAAGAAAGACGAAACUUGUCCAGACCCUAGCACCAAUCCAGAUCCUAAUCCAUUUUCUACCUCUAGGCAGCUUGGGCUAGACAGUUUCUGGGUUCUGUUUGUUAUUGCGGCCGUGAUGUGCGUUCUUAUACUCGGGAAAUUCGCAGCCUAUGGGAAUGGUUCGUACAUCGACGAGGUAAAGAUGUGUCCUUGUCCGCCUCCACCGGAACCAAUCAUCAACGAGGUAGCGAUUUGUCCUGGUACGCCUCCACCGGGACCACACAUGAGCGAGGUACAGAUGACUCCUCCUCCGUGA